UACCAAUGCAGAUUAUACUACGGGGAGAUAAAUCAGUGACGAAAUUCAUUGAGAAUUUAAUGAAAGGGAAGACAACCAUGUACCACGCCUCUGGGAUGAUAAUAGGGUGUGCUGGUAGUUGGAAAACAACAUUGUUAGAGAGACUGAAGGGCAUUGACGUGGAAGAAAUAAAGAAAAAUAUCAUUUCAACCAGGGGAGUGGAUAUCCACACUGAUUUGUUUAAUGUGACAGAAAGCAUCCAAGCAAACUCUUCACGCCAACAGCAACACUUUAAACUUAGACUUGAUAAAAAAGAUAUGAAGCAGAGUGUUCCUUAUUACCAUGUAGAAAAUGCAGCUGAUGAUAAGGAAACGCAGAAGAAGAUGAAACCAGAAGAUAAUGAGGGCAACGUGGGCAAUACGACAGAAGCAUCAAGCAGUGGACAGAUAUCACAUGAUAAUAUUGACAUUAAAACCACCCCAUCCCAUGAACCACAGGGGGCCACAUCACCAGAAAAUGUAGCAGAAGUUAUGAAGGAAAGAAAAGAUAUUCUUCAUAGUCGAGAAUUUUCUGGAAAUUUACAGAUAGGUGCAGAAGAUAUUUCAGAAAAUCCAGAUAAAAGAAUCACCAUGACUGACUUUGCAGGACAGUGUUCAUAUUAUGCCUCACACCAGAUUUUUUUGAGUCCAGGAGCGUUCUUCAUUCUUGUGCUGAAUAUGGAGAAGAAUUUUGAUGAUAAGGUUGGAGAAGAAGUGUGUUGUCAGGAAGGCUCCGUUUACGGGGGAUGGACACACAGAGAUUAUCUAGAAUUCUGGAUGAAGUCCAUUCAUCAAUAUGGCAGUGAUAAGGCUCCUGUCAUCUUGGUUGGUACACAUAGUGAGAACAAAACAGAAAAGGAAAAAGAAUUGUUUUUCCGAGAAGUAUGGAAGACUCUUGACAGGAAGAAGAAGUCUUUGCAAAAACAUAUUGAUGUGAAACGGCGAUUUGCGGUCGAAUUCCAUGACAAUGAAAGCAUUGAAAAACUUAAGCUGUCCAUUGCUGAUGUCGUGUGCAAGAUUGCUCACUGGGGUGAAGAGCUUCCACAGUCAUGGGCUAUGUUUGAAACAUUCCUUCAGGAAAAGAAAUUUCCCAAGAUUUUGAGUAGGAGUGAACUUGAGAUGUUCAAUGAAAUAUUGCCAGAGGGAAUAAAGCUCCAAAUUUCUGAUAUGAGUCCCAUGCUGCAGUUCUUCGAUGACAUUAGAGAAAUUAUACACUUCAAUCACCAGUUCCUAAAUGAAGUUAUCGUCCUCGAUGUUCAGUGGUUUGCAGAUGCAUUUAGAAAUGUCAUAACAGAUAAAAACCAUGCACAAGAAGAUUUAUUUGAAUUUGCCUCAGAAUGGGACAAAUUCAAUGAAACUGGAGAGUUAGAUGAAGCACUACUCUCUGCCAUAUGGAGAAUGAACAACAAUGGUUACCUUGAGCACAAAGAGGAUAUCAUGAUGUACAUGGAGAAGUUAGGACUCUUAGCUAAAAUGAGCGACAAAACAUGGUAUGUCCCGUGUAUGAACAAGAUGCAAUUUCCAGUAGACUGCUUCUCAUCAUACCCUGCCUCCUCCAUCCUUUGCUACACGUUUGGUAUUCUUCCUGUGGAAAUUUUCCAUCGCCUUGUAGCAACAUGCAUGCAGAUUCCUUGGGAGAUUUUUUCAGAUGAAGAAAGAGGAUGCAUUUUCCAGAAAACAGCCAUUUUAGUGUUUCAUGACCAGCACCAUAAUAUUCUGCUUGGAAUGACUCAAACAGAAAUUCAGGUGCAAGUGUUUGUUGUGGAGGGAGAAGUUAAUGUUUCAACCUGUCACCAGAUUAGAGAAAACAUUGAGCGUAUAUUACACAACCUCUCCAACACGUUCCAGAAAAACUCAGAUUUCCAGGUUGAAUUCAAAUGCAAAUCUACUGGUUUUUGUGACAGUAAAGAAAGCGCAGUAAUAAGUGAGUCUAAGUUUUUCAAAGAAACUUUUCAGUGUCCAUCCUGUCCGGCAAACAAAAAGCACCGUAUCAUCUCAGAAGAAAUUAAAAAAUAUUGGGAACAGACAAACCAGAGUAAUCCUAGCACUUCCAAAGCUUCUGGACAAGAUCUAGAGGGUCGAUCCAGAUUUGCCAAACUUGGAAUGGCAACAAACGAUGUCUUAAAUCAGGCCUACAGAGAUAUUCUAGAAUCAGAAGUCCCUCCCUCUGAUAUUGAAAACAAGGUGAAUUCAUUAUCAAGCAAAGAAAGGAAGAAUUUAAAGUUGAAUCCAGAUCAAGAAGAUUUAUUGAAAAAAGCAAAAAAUACUCUAUAUAAGGAAUUCGAUAUUUCCUUUACAUACAAAAUCAUAAGAAACAUUUGUUUAACGAUCCCUAAACCAACAAAAGGAAAAUGGGGAGAAGAGCCAACAGCAGCUGAGGUGACAGUGGGUGAUGAUAUCGAAAGAAUUAGGUUAAUACGAAAUAGAUUGGCUGCACACGUGAGCUCAGCUUCUACCCCUCAAAAAGAAUUCAACGACACCUGGUUAAUGAUGUCAGAUAUCUGUCAAAGAUUGGAAGCCUUCACUGGAAAGAUAUACUUGGCUGAACUUAAUAAUAUUAAAAUACUGACCUUGAAAAGGGAAGACGAAGAAUCUAUUAUACAAAAGCUUAACAUGGAACAUCACAAAAUGUUAAAGACUCUCAUGUCAGAUAUGCAAGAAAUGAAGUUAGAUGUAAAAGAUAUUAAAAAAGCAGUUAUGAAGCCAGAGAACACAGGUUAAAUGAACAAUGCGUAAGACCUACAGUGAAAAUCUUCAGUAAAUACAUGUGUGCAACUUCAAUGCUUAUCUCAGCGAAUUUUUCAUUGACAUCAUUGAUAUUUUGCAAUAUACACCGAAGUAGGCAUGGGAAUUGGCCAUCCAAGAAUGCUGUUGAAAUUUAAAGAUAUAUGUGAGGUUUACGAAGCGUUGCCUUCUUUUUGCGGUAUGGGAAAUUCCUGGGUACAUAAAAAAAGAAAUAAAAAUUCUGGACAAUUUUGAGAUUUUCAGAAAGUGCUUGAAAAACUUUACCUAAAAUACAGAUUGUUUAUUCGUU